GUUGGAUGUAAACAUUGCUUGUUUGACAGUUCUGUGCUCCGUGAGGACAGCUCCAAGUUGACUGAAACUAUGGCAGAAACGGCCCCUGCUCCCGCGGCUGCUCCAGCCAAAUCCCCGAAGAAGAAGGCGGCAAAAGCGAAAAAGCCUGGACCAGGUGUGUCGGAUCUGAUCACGAAGGCCGUUGCUGCUUCCAACGAGCGUAAAGGAGUUUCCUUGGCUGCGCUGAAAAAGGCUUUGGCAGGUGGUGGAUAUGACGUUGAGAAAAACAACUCUCGCGUCAAGAUCGCCUUGAAAUCUCUCGUGAAAAAGGGGACGCUUGUUCAAACUAAAGGCACCGGAGCGUCUGGAUCUUUCAAGGUGAGCAAGACACCCGCAGCCAAAAAACCGACGAAGAAAGUUGUGGUGAAACCGAAGAAACCUGCCGUGAAGAAGGCAGCGGUCAAGGCGGCGAAGCCGAAGAAGGCAGCAGUGAAGAAACCUGUGGCGAAGAAGGCUCCCAAGAAAGUGAAGAAACCGGCUGCAGUCAAGAAAGUCGCCAAAAGCCCGAAGAAGGUGAAGAAACCGGCUGUGAAGAAAGUUACAAAGAGUCCUAAGAAGGUUAAAGCUGCGAAAUCUAAAGCAGCAAAACCCAAGGCUGCUAAGGCAAAGAAGGCCGCCGCCAAGAAGAAGUAGACUGACAGACUUCAAUCCAUAAACUCAAAGGCUCUUGUAAGAGCCACCACAUCUUCACAAAAGUGCAAAUAAUCCCAGUGCAUGAAUGAAGGCCAACGCCUUUUGGAAAGACUGAAACUUAAAAUGCUUCCUAGGUGGGACGUGAUACCUUGUUUUGAGCUGUCUUGUUAGAGCUAUUUGAGUCAUAUUCAUCUAAAAAUCACAUGAAGCACAAUGCUGUGAUUGUGAAAGACUUAUCAAGAAAGGUUUGUAUAAACAUGUCACUCUCUAACUGACUCACAAAGCCGAUUACUUUGUGUAGAUUUAAAUCCUCCAGAGUUUAGACAAGAGUCUGCUGGUAGGAAAGUGUCCAAAAUAUGUAUACUUCAACAAAGUUCAGUUUGUCUAGAGAUCAUCAUGUGCGGUACCUAUGUGACUCAGUAGAAUGAGGAUUUUAUUAAAUCAUUAAUAGAUUUAUUUAUUUUUUUGUUAUAUUUAUGUUACAUUUUGUAUAAGCUUAUGACUCUGAAACCUUCCUCUAAAUCCGGCUAUACAGAACAAACUUUCUUUUAGAAGAUUUAUUCAUUCUUGUUGAUGGUUUGUUGUUGUUGGGAAUGUUACUAAAGAAAUAUAGGCUGCAUUCCAAUUGUUAAAAUACUUGCAUUUUUGUUAGCUUGUUUGUUUUCUGUUUGUAUCCCAUUGUCCCUUAUUCAUAAACAUCUAUUUUGUCCAAAAACUAAUGUGCUAUUAAACAAAAUAAAGCACAGUACUCUUUUAUCUUUGACAAUUAAAGUAAAUUUACAUCAUG